GUAAAAACUCUGUGUAUAUCAGAGUUGGAGGAGCCUCUACCCUGUUCGAUCUGAUGAUUUCUCCAUAUUAACAGAUUACUAGUUCCAGAUCUCAUCACUGUGUGAUUCUUGAGGGUGACGGUGUUCGUUCCAGACAUGCUACAUUAGGACUUGUUAGGACGAGAUUUCCGGUCCAUCCACUGCAGGGUGAGGCGCUGAUACUUUAACCGUGUUUCUGUAAAGAACAUCUGGAUUAAAUAACAUGCUUUAGUGAAUAAAGUGUGUUUACAGCUGAAUUAACCGCAGUUUUACAAACCAGGACGGACACCGACAUAAGAACAGAUUUAAUCGUUUUUUAACUUUAUAAUCCUCCGAAUGUUCACACCAGACAACUGGACCAGACCUGAAGACCUUCUGUCUGUGUUCACUGUUUAAUGUUGGAGAUUCUACAGACAAGAAACUUCACAGAAUCUUUAAGUGAUCAGACUAAAAUAAAGAGAAAGUAAAAGCUUCCUGCAGUCAGGAUGAUGAUGUAAUAUGACACUAAACAGAUGGCAGCAGGACAUUAAAUUCACACUGGAAAUGUUCUUCUGUCUCUGAGAAAAUCUGCCAACACUCCACAAGAGUCUUCCAGACAUCAUGUCCCUCCUUUAUAUUUCCAUCUUAUGGGUCUGUGCCUGUGUGGACAGUGCAGAAUCUCUGGUUACUCUAUCAGCUCCAGUGGGUUCCACAGUCAUCCUGCCGUGUAAACUGACUGAAGACUUCAAACUAACAUCAGUUAUUAAGUGGCAGUUCAACAGUGACAUUGUGUUUGAGAGAAGCAGUAAUGGUACAUAUUCAGGUUCAGGAUAUGAAGGACGUGUGGAUGUUCCUGAGGACGAGCUGCGUAAAGGAAACUGUUCCCUGGUGUUGAAGAACGUCAGAUUUACUGAUGACAAAAUCUUUACAAUGGUACAUACGGACAGUGCGGUAGUGAAACAAACGAUCAGUGUUACACUCUCAGUCUAUGAGGACAGUGUUAAUGAGAGACGAUCUUUAUCAGAGGAUUCAGACUCACACCAGACUGAAGGGAGAAACAGGAUUAUUUUAUAUGUUGUGAUCGUAAUCUUCAUCAUCAUCGUCAUCAUCAUCAUCUGUGUGUCUGUGUACUACAGCAGUGUGAAAGGUCUCAGACGUGCCACCGACUCCACUGAACAGGAUGGAAACAGACAUCAUCACAGUGUUCAGUACGACACAACGUCCGACAGUGUGACGUACACAACAGUCGCCACACAACCACAGAGUUAAUGACCAACACAAGAUGGUCUGCUCUGAUCUCAUCAUGGAUUUCAGAUCAUCUUAAACUUCAUCCCUGCACCACUGAGCUGAUGUUCAUCUCUGGAGCUUCAUCACCAUGUCAGGAUCUUCUGAUUUACAAACAUCCUACAAGGAAUUAAAUAUCAAAAUGAACAAUUACAAUUGGAACAUAAAAUAAAUAAAUAAGUACAAUAAAAAAUAUAAAAAAAGCUUACAUAAAAAUACACUUAAAUUAGAUAAUAUUUUGAUAAUACAGUAAUAACUGCAGCAAUUCAGAGUUCUUUAACCUUGUUUUUCUCCCAAAUUAUUCUGUUGUCAAGUCCACUUGAUCACAGAAGUGUAGAAAGUUAGUCCAGAUUUUAUAAAAUUAAUUUAACUUCCCUUUGAUAACAAAUGUCAGUUUUUCCAAAGCAAGGUUUAAGGACAUUUCCUUGAUCCAUUGGUUAGAAGAGGGUCUUUGAGAAUCUUUCCACUUUAAUGCAAUGACACGUUUGGCCUGUAGCAAACUAAAGUCUAUUAGUUUACGUUUUCUUGCAUUUACGACCAAAUUUAUUGGGUAUAGAUGGAAUACACACAGAUUUGGGUCAAGAGGAACAUUAUCUCCAAUUAACUGACCAAUCAUAGUAAGAAUUUCCUUCCAAAAUAUAUGAAGCUCUUUACUUUCCCAUACACAGUGGAAAAGUGACCAGUUUCAUCUUUACACUUUGUACAGUUGUCAGAGAUAUUGGGAUUGAACCUAUUUCAUUUUACAGGGAUAAUGUACUGUAUGUCCUUAAAAGCCAUUUGUAUUGCAGUAGUUUGCACCUUGUGUUAAUGCUCUGGGCUUGAGCCAAUAGUAUUAAAGUGUAUUAAAGUAUUAAAGUGUGGUUUUCCUGAUUGACAAUAAGGUUCUGAGCAGGUUUUCAUUUGAGAGUGUACAAAGCUCCUGAGCUGCAGAUAUUUAAAGUAGUGUUUCUGAAGGAGACCAUAUUUUCUCACCAGUUGUUGAAAUGACAUAAUAUACCUUCUCCGUAUAAAUCUUUUACUUGGCAAAUUCCUUUAUACGUCCAGUUUUUAAAUCCCAUAUCGCUUCUGCCAGGUGUGGGAAAAUAAUUUUAAGUCAUUGUUUUAUUUUCUUUUAGUUCUAGCAUAUUUUUGUGGAUCAUGUAGAAGCCAAAUCCAGUUACAAUGCUAGUUAGAUUCAAACUUUACAUUAGACUUGUGGUUCCUGUAUCUCAUUAAUAGUAAAGGACAGGGGCAAGGUAACUCAGGGUAUCAUCUGUCUCUUUGUGCCAUUUGUCCCGUUGUUUAAGGUGGCCAUUUGAUUCAAGGUCUGAGUCAAGAAUGAAUGCCAAGCAUUAGAGGUGAACUGGUUCCUAUGAUAAUGAAGGGGUCUGAGAAAGACUGUUAUGUGAAUGGGAUUAAGGGUGGGUGAAAUUCCAGGAUCUGGUGUGGGGCUGUUACAUCCCUUCAUGCUUUGAUUGUCACCCGAGUGUUUUGUCUCUAUCUGAUGUGACUGCCCCCUAAAAUGUGUAUGUUUACAAUGUAUUACAACUUUAAGUCAGACUUGAUGACUGCAGCACCCGUGCCAGUACGCUCUGACUUGCAGACUCGUUUCAUGGUGUAUCUACUGUACA